UGUUAAGGCAUUUUUCUGAGUGUACAAAGCAAAAAUAAAAAUUUUAAUAUAAUAAAAUAAGGAUUUCUUUUUCAAACGUUAGCAGAAAACUUCCAGAAUAUGCUAUGUAACAGUCGUGAAAACCGCUGAAAUUUAUAAAAUGUGUUUUUGUUUUUUAAUGCAGAUAAUGUUUAUGUUAGACCGAUUUACAUGCGAAAAAACUGUUUUUUAACAGAAUUGAAUUACCUUUAAGAGGGAAUAUUCUGAAAUAUAGAAAAACUAAAAUGGUACUCAGUUGCCAAGGGUCAGGCGCCAGUUGUCUAACGGCUACUAUACUGACGCUAGUUGCCAUACACAAUAGGAGUGUUAAUUUUAAUGUCAGAAAUUAAGUUUUGAUAAAUCAAUCAAUCUGAAUCAAUCUCGAACCAUAAUUAUGUAUACCGAGUAUCCAAAGAUAUCUUUAAAUAACUAUUCUUUUUUUCGUCGUGAAUCAAAAAUCUUCGUCUUACAAUCGUUGAGACAUCCGCUAUGAAAUUGUGCAAAGAGAAGAAUUUAGUUCCACUAACUCGCCUCAAAGCCAAAAUGGACAAAUAUUGUUUCAUGCAUACCCUAGUGCUCUUAUCUAUUCCUGAUUAAAUUAAGGGCAUUUCCAAUAUUCCAUGCAUUGCUUUCUUAUCGUUCAAACUAUUACUCUUGUUUAUUUUUUAAAUAUACUUCUUCAGUUUUCUAUAAAUAUUGUGCAUGCAAUCAUGGAUGAGCUGACAGCUGCUAGAUUGCAAUUGAUUUUAGGUUUUAUUAUAGUGGUCAUAUGGUUUUACUGUGUUUUCGAGGUGUGUCGUCGGCGAAGACAGCAAUAUCAGCAGUUUCCCAAUGUCUCUAGUAAGUGAAAUAUUCGAAACAUUGUUUGCCUUUAUACGAUAAAUAUUUCGACAAAAAUUCGGAUCAUCAACUUCAUCACAUAUUCGAAAGUUGAUGAGUCACACAUGGAUACUUUCCUAUUGUAAACUGAAAUUUUAUUUUUAUACCCAGUUAUGUAUCCACAGCAUACUCUUAUUAUUAUCUUAUCAGAUUAGAUGGUAUCUAAUCUCAGCCUAUUGCGAUACUGAUUUCGUGUACAAAAACUGAAUUUGAAUAUCGACAACUACAGUUAAUACGCAUAAUUUCUCCAGCCUGUUUCACAGUCUUCAUAUUGUACACCGUAAAGAUGAUCGCUGUAGGCUUUGCUAUUUGUCUAGCUCUGCUGUUCCUCGGGGUGUUCGCUUUAAUUGCCUUGGGUAUUUCAGCAUACCAUAGAAGAAACUAUCAGCAACAUCUGCGGUUUCCGAAACCACCCGUUGUGGUGACAUCAACUACACAUACAGCACCUGGCGGUUACCCGGUAACACAAGUGCCGCCGCCCAAUGCUUAUCAACAGCAGCCAAUGUAUCCACCAUACCCAACGGCAGCAGGCGGUGCCGGCCAAAUGCCUAUGCCGAUGCCAAGCGCCCAACCGCCAAUGCCUGGCAUGCAACCUUAUCCACCAGCGGUGCCUGCAACGAAUUACAAUCCGCCCAGCUAUGAAGCCGCCGUAGCGGGUGUAGGCGUGGCUCAACCAAAUACUUACGAAAAGCAAGCGCCCUACAAUCCCAAUUACAACGCAUACUAGAGCUCGACCGAGCGUAGUUAGUUUUACAUUUGCAAAAUCGCUGCAAAUCGUUGCAGUUUUGAUAUAUACCUAUUAUACAUAUAUACAUAAUUAAUAAGUAAGCCAUAUAUUGCGCGCAUGUGCUGGUGCUGAUAACGACGAAGAACUGGUUUUCUGCCAAAACGCGAUAAGAUUUGUUUGCAAGCACUUGGAACGCACGAGUGUUUUGUUAUGGAAAACUUGGAAGUAGCCAUUGGUGUGAAAUCCAAAACAAAGCAAAGCAAAUAAGUGAACUGCAAAUUCAACUAAAAUAAAAGAGAAUCAUUAAAGUAAUUUAAAUAAUUGCAUUGUUUAAGCAUGGUACGUACAAACUAAUUUGUAUUUUUUAAACUUCCUCUCUGUAUAAUAAAAAAAGAACACAAUUUACUUAACCAAAUGUCGCCGAAACGUCAGAAAAAAGUAUUAUGAUAAUAUUUAUUUACAUUUAAUAUAAUAUUGUAAAAUUCAAAUUGCAAUACACAAUGAAAUACGAGCAAACGAAUCAAUAAAGAAAUGUUUAUAUUUUGUAAAAAACCAUA